CAAAAUCAUCUGAGUGAUGAAACCCUAAUUUUAUCCUCCUCUCUUUGAUGUUAAGCGGUGGCUUCUUACUUUAAAGAGGGGGGUGGGGAGAGAGGGAGAGAGAGAGAGAAGAAGAAGAAGAAGAAGAAGAAAAAGAAGAAGACAGUGCUAGGAGCAGAUGACUUUUCAUCCCCACUUCACCUUGCCACUGGGUCUGUAAGAGAUUGGUUCACUGUCAAGGAGAUUUUUUUUUUACCCAUGAUUCCAUAUGGUAUGGACUGGGCUACAUGUUGCCCAACAUGCCAGUGCAAAUGUUUUCUCAAUUAGGUGUCUUAUCUCCCGUGAGUUAGCAUCAGAUGAAGCUUGCUGACAGCAUAAUGGCAGGGAAAACCUCCGACGGAUCCAUCAAAUGGCAACUCUGCUAUGACAUCUCGGCCAGAACUUGGUGGAUGGAUGAAUUCCAUCCCUUCAUUGAAGCACUUCUACCCCAUGUCCGAGCAUUUGCAUACACAUGGUUCAACCUACAAGCUCGAAAGCGGAAGUACUUUAAAAAACAUGAGAAGCGCAUGUCGAAAGAAGAAGAGAGAGCUGUGAAGGAUGAAUUGCUAAGCGAGAAACCUGAGGUCAAACAAAAAUGGGCAUCCAGACUUCUGGCAAAGCUGCGAAAAGAUAUUAGGCCUGAGUACCGGGAGGAUUUUGUUCUAACUGUCACGGGGAAAAAAUCUCCUUGUUGUGUGCUUUCCAAUCCAGACCAGAAGGGCAAGAUGAGAAGAAUUGACUGCUUACGCCAGGCAGAUAAGGUCUGGAGGUUGGACCUUGUUAUGGUGAUUUUAUUUAAAGGUAUUCCGCUUGAAAGUACUGAUGGCGAACGCCUUGUAAAGUCCCCACAGUGCUCAAACCCAGGGCUGUGCGUACAGCCCCAUCAUAUAGGGGUUUCUGUUAAGGAACUCGAUUUAUAUUUGGCAUACUUUGUGCAUGCAGCAGAUUCAAGUCAGUCUGAAAGUCCAAGCCAGCCAAGUGAAGCUGAUAUUAAGGACCAGCCAGAAAAUGGACAUUUGGGCUUCCAAGACAGUUUUGUCACAUCAGGCGUUUUCAGUGUGACUGAGCUAGUAAGAGUCUCACAAACACCGAUAGCUGCAGGAACAGGCCCUAAUUUCUCACUCUCAGAUUUGGAAAGUUCUUCAUACUACAGCAUGAGUCCAGGAGCUAUGAGGAGAUCUUUACCAAGCACGUCCUCUACCAGCUCUACAAAGCGCCUCAAAUCUGUAGAGGAUGAAAUGGACAGUCCAGGUGAAGAGCCAUUUUAUACAAGCCAAGGGCGGUCUCCAGGAAGUGGCAGUCAGUCAAGUGGAUGGCAUGAAGUAGAGCCAGGAAUGCCAUCGCCAACUACAUUAAAGAAGUCAGAGAAGUCUGGUUUCAGCAGUCCCUCGCCUUCGCAGACCUCUUCCCUUGGAACAGCAUUCACACAGCAUCAUCGACCUGUCAUUACAGGACCCAGAGCAAGUCCACAUGCAACACCAUCGACUCUUCAUUUUCCAACAUCACCCAUUAUUCAACAGCCUGGGCCAUACUUCUCACACCCAGCAAUCCGCUAUCAUCCUCAGGAGACUCUGAAAGAGUUUGUCCAACUUGUCUGCCCCGACGCUGGUCAGCAGGCUGGACAGGUGGGGUUCUUAAAUCCCAAUGGUAGCAGUCAAGGCAAGGUGCACAAUCCAUUCCUUCCUGCCCCAAUGUUGCCGCCGCCACCUCCACCACCAAUGGCCCGGCCUGUGCCUCUGCCAGUGCCAGACACAAAGCCUCCAACCACGUCAACAGAAGGAGGUGCCGCAUCUCCCACUUCACCAACCUAUUCGACACCCAGCACCUCCCCUGCAAACCGAUUCGUCAGUGUUGGACCACGGGAUCCAAGCUUUGUAAAUAUCCCUCAACAGACACAGUCUUGGUACCUGGGAUAAAAGUCACAGCUUCCCACCACCCACCAGACCGACCACCUGACCCCUUCCCAAAUCUGUAACAUGGAAGCAGCAGCAGCAGCAGUGCAGUGCAGUUACUUCGCAUCUGUGGAAGGGAAGACGAACAGAAAUUGACAGCAAACAACUGCUUACAUUCAGAAACGGCAGAAGUUAUGGUUGAUCAACAAUAGCCAUAACAAUGUUGGGAGGGAGGGGAUUGUUUUUUUUAAAGAACACCUUAGUGACCGAUGUAAUUUCUCAUAUGGUGCUGGAAAAGUUUGGGCUUCAUACUUUUUGAAGUGUUUCAAUUGGUAGUGUAAGCAUUAGGGACACUGGGUAGUAGAGCUAGCCUGCUGGCUGCUUACUGACUUAACUAUUAUAACACUUUCCAUAUGGCGCCUAACUGUUUUACAGUAUUUUCACUGAUUUUUUUUCCCGUACAGGUGUGAGACUUCUUGAGAGAUCAUGAGGAACACACAUAAAUGAUAACUUUUAUAGUAGCUGAAUCUGCAAUAUGAAAUUUACAGGACAGACCUGGGGCAUGUUUUUCUGAAACAUAUCAGGUUUUUUUUUUCAUUUUACAGUCAGCAGUUAGAUAUUGGACAUUAAUAAUAAGACCAUAAUCAAGAGGUUGAUUUUCAUUCAAGUUAUACCUAAAUAUGAAAUAUCAACCUACUGCUGUUCACAUAAAAAGAAAAAAAAGGGUUUUAAAUGCUGCACUUACAUGAAGCAUUUUUGAUGAUUUUCAACAAUGACAUAAAAUUCACAUGGAAAUGGGGAAGUUGGUCUGUUUUGAUAGAAACUGACAGGAAUCAAUCAAAACAAUCGAAUUUUGAAUUGAGAAAAGUGCAAUUUCAUUGGAUAGCUAAAUAUCUUUGUAAGAUAGAGAUUGUUGAAAAUUCUAUUUUUGUUUUCCAAGUCCUACCACCCCAGGACUCUAAAUUAUUGGGGUAAAAAACAGCCUUGCAAGAAAAAAAAGGGGGAGCUAUUUUUGCUUUUUAUGUUUUUUAUUGUUAAACUUGUAUCCCUUGAAAAACUGAAGGAAAUUAAAAAAAAACCUACAAAAUUUAAUGGUGCUUUUACCACAAUAUGUUAUCUACAUUAAUGCUAAUUAAUCAUUUUCUGUUAUCAAAGCACAUAAUUAAAAUUAAAUGAUAAUAUCUGUUAAUUUUAUAAACUAAAAGUCACUAUAAUAGAUUAUGCCAAUUCUGACAAAUCGUCUGUUUCCGGCAAUAUAGGGUAUAUCACUUUGCAAAAAUAUCGUGGCCACAACCCAGUGUGGAAGUAGGGUGUGCUCUGAAGUCCAUUGGAGCAAAUGGCUUUAAGCGUGUCUCGCUCUGGAUUGGAUUGUGGCUGUCAAGAUAAUAAGAGAGAAAUGUCCAGAAAGUAAAACACUUUUGUGUCCCUGAACUGGCUUUUUUCUUUUUUUUCUGGACUGUAAAGACAAUUCAGAAGCAAAAGGCUGAUUCUGCAUCUUUUGCCAGUUCAAAGCAAGGACGUUUGUGCAAAACAAAAAGUUUGGACCCCAAAUGUCCUGUAUCUUAUGUACAAAAGGAAAAAAAAAAGAAAGGAAGAAAAGAAAAAAAAAGGAAAAAAAACAGCAAAAUAAUGCAAGUGAUUUUUUUUUCCGAUCAGACAGCGGAGCACCCCUUUGCUUCCCAUGCAACUUUAAGAAGGUUUCCUAUAUUAUACAUAUAUAUACGUUCUGGUUGGCAAGUCUAGCUAAUCAGAGAAAGUCUCUGCAUGUUCUAGUGUUAGUAACUAAUUUUUAUAUAGUUAAUGUAGGGUAAAGUAGAGUGCAUUAAGACACAAUAUUGUAAUCCCUAAUCCAGGCACUUGCCUUUAAACUAUGUUUGUUCAGCCCUUCAGAAGGGUUUCUACUACUGUCCUAUACAAUCAAGUAAACUGAAUUUCUUGGGAAGACACUUUGCUCCUCAUCUUUUCCCUAAAACCAAUUUUUUUUGUUUUGUUUUCUUGAUUUGCACGAAACAAAAAAAAAAUUCCAUAUCAAUGUGCCUUGCCCUGGAUAGCGAUUAUUUGUGGAAUUGUUGCACAUGUUCCUAUAUUGAAAGGGUUUUUUUCCCCCCCUAGUCAAGCAUUUGGAGACACUUUUUUUGUAAAUGUGACUUUUAUGUCAGCCAUUGUCAGUUUCAGCAUCUUAGAAUUCAGUAGAAUGUUAGUCGUUCCACAGAUAGGGUAGUGUUUUCUUGUCCUGUAAGGUCAGUGGCAGUGCUAUUCUAAGAUCUGUAGAUGCUAGAUUAUCAGUAUUUUUGAUGUUGCUGCAUUUUACAUUUUAUUUGGAGUCUUCCUUUUGUUUUGUUUUAAAUUUUUCCCAGAUAUAUGAAAAUAUGCAAUACCUGCUUAUAUCAUAUAGAAAGAAGAAAAGCUUAGCAAUUCUUGAUUUUUCUUUGACUUUUUUUUUUAUUUGACCAAAGUCGGUGCUGCACUUGAUGCAGUGUGUUUUAGGUGUUUGUCUUCGUACUUUUUCUUUGUUGUUGUUGUUGUUGUUGUGAUUUUUGAAUGCACAUGCAGGAAGGGCUCCUCUUAGAGAAGCAGUCAAACUGUGAAGCACUAAGCUGAACCCUGCUUCAAGCAAUUUUUGUUUUACAACUGUUCCUUUCACAAGCAAGCCUUAAAAAAAAAAACUCCCUUUUUCUUCAGAUCCCACACCCAUUUUUAUUAGCAGAUUGCAAUCAAACCACAUUCAAUAAAAAGUAUAUAAUGCCCAUUUUUAUAUGCACGUUUUUAAACUUCCAAGUUCUGAAAAUUGUUUACUGGUUAUUCUCUAUUUAAGAAAAAAAAAUGUUUUGGAUUUUCAUAUAUGUCAAAUAAGUGGUUGAGUAGUCAUUUGCUCUGUUGUAUUGUGUGAUUGUUAGUAUUAUGGUAUCACAUCCACUAGCCAGCAUCUUUUGCCUUCCCUAUAGCACUUAGCAGGGCAUUACCUUAUUAAGACAUAUGUGCACUAAAAAAUAAAAAAUAAAAAAAUUAGCAGCUUUCAGUGCUUCACAGUGAAGGGAAAAAAAGCCUAGACAAACAUUUUGUCAGAACCUUGCUAUAAGCCAAGGUAUUACAAGUAAAUUGGUUGUAUAUACAACAAAAUUGCACCCUUUUUUAAAAAAAUAAAACAAAGCAAACUAAGCAAUAGUUUGGGCGGAUAGUUGUUUUUAGUGAGCAUGUUGUAGUCAUGGCCGCAAAAAGAGAGAAUCAAAGCUGCCCACUCAGAAGCGAUGUAAUUUGUAUGUUGUAUAGUUUUAUUGAUUAUACUGAUUUAUUCUACCCUAUUUUAUAAUGCAGGACUUUUGUAAUGUUGUUUAAAUGAGGAAAAAUUUCUGUCAAAUUAGCUUAGUGGAAUUUCUGAUUGUUCGUCAAAAAGGCAGCAUUCAUAGAAUUGCUUUUUUUUUCCCUUUGGGAACUGGAUUUAAGUUUAAAACUUUCCUGUUUCCUUUUUGUAUGUAUUUAAAUACAGUUAUUUUUUUUUCUUCUCUCAAUAGUAUAGCAUAUUCCUAUGCUUGAGAAGUAUAGGCUACUGAAGAACCAUUGUAAAUGGACAUUACAGAUAUGCUGUAUUUUUGAAGGUGUUUUAUCAUAUUAAGUUUGAAGAUGGUAAAGUUAGGGAAUUCUGAUCAGAAUCUCAUAAAACAAAUUGUUUUAAAGGCUUUAAACGUUAGGUAGGCGGUCAAGGGUGUUUACCAACAGGGGAUGUAAAGUAUUAAAGACACUAAAUUAAAGUUUGGUUCAUCUUAUUGUCAUGCAGAAACAUAGCAGAUCAGAUCUGUUCAGGUGUGGAGAACAAACCAAGUUUUAUUCCUCGAAGUAGAACAGAGAGUUGGAGAUCUGAGGGGAGACAAGUGCAAGGGGUGUGCAGUCUACAAUAGAGAAAUAUUCUUGGGUCACACAUCAGAAUCCAGUUCACACAUCCGCUGCCCAUUUGAAAAAAAUCUGUUCUUUGAGCAAACAAGUUUUCUUCUUGAUUCUUUCUUCGAAAACUGCCAGACGCACAACACCAACUUCUGCUCCCUUCCUUCUCCUCGCACAUAGCAGAGGUAUCAAUACUCCAGUUGAAAUGACUCUACCGGCAUUUUUUUUUUAAAUUUUAACUCUCUUGAUCCCUUUUCAAAAUAGGACUCCCGCUUGUUGUCAUUCUGCACACCCCUGCAAUACUGUAUUUAUUCGCUUAUUUUAUAUAUAUUUUUUAAAAUGAUAGGCCAAUGUCAGCCAUGAGUAUACCUUGUCUGUAUUGUGAUCUCUCCCCGUUUCUCUUUAAAGUUGAAGAGUAAAGGAAUAGAAAAAAAAAAUUUUAAGCUCCACAGCAUUCAGUCAGCCCACGGGAAUAUGCAACAUCCCUCUACCUAGUUUUCUUCCACUGUUUCUUUUCUGUUCUAUAUAUUUUGCAGCUUUGUAGUAACAGUGUUAACAUGCAUACACAUAAAUACAAACAAAAGAUAAAAAAGCCAGAUACAUAACACUAAACAGUUUUUCCCCUUGUGUAUUUUUUAAAGAAUGUCACAUAAUAUGCAUUGUGUCUCUGGAAAUAUCUUUCUCUCUUUUUCUGUUCCUUUUUCCUUCUUUUAAUUUCUAUUUUACUUCUGUAGAACACCUCCAUAGAACAAACAUUGCAAACCACAACUUUCAUGGAAAUAAAAGGAGAGCACCUAAAAGAAACUCAUAUUUCAUGAGGUCUAUUGGGGGAGGUCUCAUGAAGUGAACUCUGCCUACCAGGCAAGGUUUCCAUUAAAUCAAGCUUACAAAGCCAAUUUUGUCAUGAAGUCAAUGCAUGUGUUACUGUUUGACAGUAAAAACCUGGCUCUGUCAUCAUCAAGUCCAAGGCUGUGCAAUAGUCUAAUUAGUAUGGAGUACAUUUUCCUUUUAUUUUUUCCAAUAAAAAAAGUAGUGGGAUGAAAAUUGCUUUGAUAUAUUGCAGGUAACAUUGAAGCUAUUCCAUAGCACUUAACUGUAGUGAAUACUGUGUCACCAAUUCUGAAAUCAAUUUAAUGUUUAAUGCAAAUCCAUUACAUGGUGCUAUUAUAGGCUGGCAAAAUGAUUUACAAAAAUGUGACAACUUGGGCUCAAUUCACUCUGCUUUCCAACAAUGUAAAUGCAUAGCAGUGUUUAUCUGCAUGAGAACUAUGCACUAAUAUAAAUCUGAAAAGAAGAAAUAUAUCAACUUUGGUAUCUAGUUUCCGUUUACUUCAAUCCUUGCCUUUUUGGUCAUUAUUAUAAAUGCCAGCUUUAGGACAGAAAGAAAUAUUAAGAAAACCAGCAUAAUACCUGAUAUAUUAAAAAUGUAGUGCCUGUGAAAUCUGUAUUAUAUUGCUCUUCUGAAGUAAGAUUUUUCUACACCAGUAGCCUUCGCUGUCUGUCAGAACCUUCUGAUAUAGGUGAUGUAAAAUAACCGUACAAUAUUAAUGCAUGCUAUUCCAUAAUGCUUAGUGAGCUGUAUGAAUAUUACUCAAAGUUAUGUUAGUCUUUUUUUUCUGACUUGGUUCUUGUCAGAUAGGUUUAAAGAUAUUUCACUGAGAACACAAUUUCUGUUGUUGUUUUUUUCCUUGAUUUUGGGUGUUUUCAGUAUUUUGGAAAUAUACAUUUAACUUAAAAUUCAGUAUUAUUUGUUGGGGGAGCAUUCCUUAUUCCUGAGGGCAGGCAUGGGGUUUGAAAUCAAAAAUCCCUGUCUGGUGGUAUUUUCUUUUUUGCUCAAAGCAUCCAUAAGAACUCAAAGAGCUUAUCUCAGAAGAACAGCAAGACGUCGUUUUUCAAUGUAAGGGACAAUUCUCAAAUGUGGCACUGAUACCGAAAAUGGUUUCUUAAUGGACAGUGUUUACACCAGGUACCCAUGCUUGGCCCUUCUUCACAUCAGACCUCCUCUUACUAAAACAAACUUUAAGAACCUUUAAAAAUCCAACCUCAUGUGGCUGUUUAGUUUCAUGAACUAUUGCAUUUUAUUUUGUUUCUUCUUUUUUUUCCUUGAAAACCCUGUAUAAAUUUUGGCCCGAUUCAUGGAUGGUCACUAGGCAUUAACAUAGGUUUUUGGUGUGUGUGUGUGUUUUAUCCAAAACCUAGAACUUUUUUUCCUCUUUCAAAGAGAAGUGUAACUUCAGCAUGUUGUUAUAAUCAUUUGACCUGAGUUCAUAUUCAGCAGAGCACUACAUAUGAUUAUACAUACAUCAUAGUGCUGUGCAUCGUAUGACACUAAGAAGAGAAUGUUUCAUAGUCAUUAUUUGCCAAGGCCAUCCUUGUGGUGCAAUUUGCAUAGAAAAGAGAUGUUUACAGCCCUGCUGAACAAAGUGGCAUUCUCUUGUCCAGAGCAUUUCAUGCUUGAUUUUGCGCAUCUGAGGGCAGGGAGGCUUCCCUCGAUAGCCUAGUCUAGGGCAAAAUAGUCUGAUUGAAACCCUUUGAAGUUCAUGAUUUCAAUUGAUAGUUCAUAGUUCCUGGGACAGCCAAAUCUCAAGUCAGUGAACUUGUUCCUUUUCGAAAGAGAAAAGAAAGAACUUUAGCUAUCAUGAUCUAUAUGAGGGAAACAGCAUACCUGAAAAAGCUGGGGGAAACACUAUUGGCAAUGUGAUGUACAGAAGAUGUUCCUUUUCAGUGUGGUCUUGGAGACCGUAAAUCCUGAACAGAGCAAUGUGGCUGAGCAGUCUCACCCAGACCUUCACUAUGGUUGCUACUGUUCAAAAGCAGGAAAACUGCAGUCUUGCAGACUUGCAAAAUGUGUUAGUGGGAAUACCCACUGCUGUUGGCUUCUUUGCACAAUUAGACAUUUCUGAACUCUAAGAGAGCUGGGGGGGGGUUCCCCAAUUUGGUGUAAUCACAAACCACUUCCAGUGGAGAAGUACUUCAAAAAUCUACUGAUCUGCUGCAAACAAACAAAGCACUGAACCUGUGUUAAUACCCAUGUGUCCUCUUUUUUUUAUGAAUCGGGUCUCUUGUGCCUCUAGUAUCCUUGUAUUGACUCUCUUAGUUACCAUUUUAGUUUUACUGUGUUCUGUGAAAAUUUGCAAUUGGUUGAGAAUCACUGUGGGCAUCCAUUCUUAUUCAACUAAAUCUCUGCAGGUUUUUUGAGCUGGUGUGGAUUAGUUUAACACUUGUAUUCAACCAUUAGUGCUACCACCCUCUCACAUUACAAUACGAUUACUGGAAGCAAGUACAGCAUUUCCUAUGCAACAAAAAAAGGAAAAUAAAAAAUUGCUAAUGCUA